AACAUAAGCAAUUAAACCAUACAGCUCAAGAUGGAUGGCGAUGAUAUGUAUGAUGAAUUUGGGAACUACCUCGGUGACAGUGAUGAUGAGGUGUCGGAUGUAGAGGUUGAAAUGGCCACAGAGAUUGAGCCUAUAAUCAUCUCAGACCAGUCGAAAGAUAAUGGCGACGUUGAAAAUGAUGAUAGCUCCAUUCAUUCUAUCAAUGGUGUCAAACAAGGUACCGUUGUUAAGCAUACGUUACAAUCCACAUUUGGUGAAGGGGUUGAAACUAUAAUCCUGCGUCCAUUCGACGCUAUGGUUGAUGAACCGGUGAUCAAACCAAAAAUUGUAAAAGAAUUGAAAGUUGAAGUGCUGACAACUAUCGAUGAUAAAUCACUACCAGAGGUAACAUUUUCAAGAGAUUAUCUUCAACAGAUAUCGCAUACUGUGCCAGAUCGUAUCAGAAAUGUAGCUAUUGUCGGAGGUCUUCACUCAGGUAAGACAACUCUUGUGGAUCUUUUCAUAUUGCAUACCCAUUCAUCCUUGGCAUCACUGGUCUCGCCACUUCGGUACACAGAUAAUCACAAGUUGGAAGUAGAUCGAGGAUUAUCGAUCAAGAUGUCUCCUGUGAGUCUCUUACUAAACGAUCUGAAUGAUCGUUCAUUUGCUAUGAAUAUAUUGGACUCUCCUGGACAUCCAAAUUUCCUUGACGAAACAUUGGCGGCGAUGCAUGCGUCAGAUGGCAUAAGUUUGGUGGUUGACGUUGUAGAAGGGUUAUCUCCAUCGGAUAAGACUAUUCUUGGUGAAUGUAUGAAACGUAAUCUUCCUAUUUGUGUUGUAUUGAAUAAGAUGGAUCGAUUAGUUUUAGAUUUAAGAUUACCAGUACAGGAUGCCUAUUACAAGAUCAGACAUGUUUUGGAUGAGAUUAAUGAAUGGAUAGAUACUAAUGAAUGGUCCGCUGUAUAUAGUCAUGAGAAGGAAAUGUCCCCACUUACAGGAAACGUUUUGUUUGCUUCUGCUUCAUUGAGAUGUGUCUUUUCUUUGGAAACAUUUGUGAAAAUGUACAAUCAUAACCUGCUAUCCGUCAAUGAUCUUUGGAGUGAUGAUCUUGAUGAUGGAGACGAUCUUUACUAUAAUUCAGAUACCAAGACUGUGUCCGAAACUUCAGAUGCAGGUAAGUUCAAACAAACAUUUGUGGCAAUGGUUUUGGAGCCAUUCUAUAAACUAAUCACCUAUUCAAUUACAGGAGAUGAACGUUUACCAAGUCUAUUGAACGAUUUUGGAAUAAAAUUGAAAAAAGAGUGCUAUACUUGGGAUGCACAGGAGUUGGUCAAGGAAGUCUUCACCAGAAUAUUUUGGGGCGGAAGUGGAUGGGUUGAUAUGAUUAGUGCUAGUAUCCCCCUGGGAUUUCUGAGUUCUAAAGUAAACGGACCAAGCUCUGGAGAAGAUCAUAUUACCACACUCUCUGCUAGUAUCAUAAAACUUGUCGAAUCAUCUUCAGGUGAUUCAUUUUUCGCACUUGUCAAGAUUCAUAGUGGAUCUCUCAAAACUAAUAGUAAGGUAAAGAUACUUGGCGAAAACUUUCUUGAAGAUGAUGAUGACUACCGGGUGGAAACGAUACAUGAACUUUACCUCCCUGGUGGACGGUACCGUGUUCCUGUCACUGAAGUGACUGCCGGGGGUAUAGCCUUGGUUUCCGGAAUAGAUAGCAUUAUAUCGAAGGGUGGAUGGAUAGUUGACGUAAAUCAUGCAACUACUACAAAACUCCCCCAAUUCCCUAACUACAACUCUUCGUCAGUUUUCAAGGUCGCGGUUGAACCUCAGGUUCCUGGUGAUCUUCCAAAACUUGUUGAAGGGUUCCGUCGUUUAAAUAAGGCAUAUUUAGCCAGUCUUAUCAAGGUUGAAGAAAGUGGGGAACAUGUAGUGUUUGCGCCAGGUGAAUUAUACAUGGAUUGUAUGCUCCACGAUCUUCGAUACUUUUUCUGCGAUGAAAAGUUAUCACUUAAGGUUAGUGACCCGAUGACAAGAUUUAGUGAAACUUGCUCUAACUCAUCUGCCGCCAAAAUCACUACAUAUUCCCCAUCUAGCCAUAAUGAAAUUUCUAUCACAGCUGAGCCGUUUGAGGAACCAAAUUUGGCUUGUGCCCUUGAACAAGGUCAAUUGGAUUUACUGCAACCACUGAAAAUAACUGCCAAGUAUCUUCGUGACGAACACGGUUGGGACUCGUUAAGUGCUCGUUCUCUCUGGGCUUUCCAUCUACCAGACAAUACGGGGCCGCCAAACAUCCUCCUUGAUGAUACCUUACAGUCUGAUAAGACUUUACUAAAUUCGGUGAAAGACAGUAUUUCACUUGGUUUCAAAUGGAGUACUAAUGAAGGUCCCCUCUGUGACGAGCCUAUUCGUAGGACUAAGUUUAAAAUCUUAGAUGCAGUUAUCAGUGGAUCAGAAAUCCAAAGAAGCGGUACUCAAAUUAUCCCUAUGACUAGAAAGGCAUGCUAUGCUGGAUUUAUGACAGCUAGUCCGAGAUUAAUGGAACCCGUUUAUUCGGUACAUGUGACCUGUAUUUCCCAGGCAGUUCCUGCUAUCUCUAGAAUUCUUGCUAAAAGAAGAGGUACAGUAACCCUGAGUCUGGGUAUUCCUGCAACAAAGUUAUAUCGUGUUGAGGGAAGCGUUCCGGUGAUCGAAUCAUUUGGGUUAGAAACUGAUAUCAGGCUCCAAACACAAGGUCAAGCCAUGUGUUUCCUUGAAUUCUCUCAAUGGGAUUUAGUCCCAGGGAAUCCUUUGGACAAAGAUUGUUUCCUCCCUUCCUUGAGACCAGUCCCAAUAGAACUGCUUGCGCGGGAUUUUGUUAUGAAGACUAGAAAGCGGAAGGGUUUAAGUGGUGAACCAAACUUACAAAAAUUUAUUGGAGCAGAAUUGUAUGACAAGUUAAAGGAGAGCGGAUUAAUAGAUAAAUAGUUAAUAGAACAAUUCUAUAUCCUUAAUAUGUCUGAAGAUAAAAACUCUCUUCAAUUCACUUCUACAAAUUUCAUAUCUAGUUUUAAAAAAUUCUUCUUUCUAUAUAUUGAUACAUAAUACACAUUUGCAACUCCU